AUGGAUAUAAAGAUUGAUGAUCCAAAUGAAGACAAACCUUAUGUUAAUAAAUUUUCAAAAUUAGUGGCUACAACAAAUGAUGAAGAUGAGCAUUGUAACUAUACACUUCGCACGAGAAAGACAAAUUCAUCUACCUUUGAUAAGAAUUUAUACACAUAUUCACAAGAUAGCGAGGGGCAAGUUAGUACAGUGUGCAGCAGUCAAGAUUCAAGUUGGAGCCAAGGGGACGAAGCAUUGCCUCUUAAAGAAAUCCAAAUUGCUGAUAUCAACAAGGCUAUUUAUGUUCUAGGUCAAGGUUGUAUCAGUCCACUUAGAUCAAAGCUGAACACAAAUAUAGAUAAAGCAAAAGACAGAACCAUCCGAUACUACAAAAGAAAGGCUGAGGAAACAUCUGAAGCUCUAUAUAAUGCUAUUGCACCUAAACAAGGAACUAAACUAAGGAGAAUUUCUGAUCAGGUUCCAGUAACGAAAGGUGAUGAUGACCUUCUUCAUGUUGUUUCCCAGAUGUGCAAAAGUAUAAAGGAUGCAGAUGUAAAGUGUCAACUUUUGUCUCUUGUUGUGAACCAGUUUUCAAAGACUGAUUUGUUGACAUGGAUUCCUGAGAUCACAAAAUAUCAAAUAGAUAAAGCCAGAAAACAUGCAUUUGUUAAUGGUCCUGGCUCAUGUAUACAAUCUUCAAAGACACAACAACAUAGAAAGAGAAUAAACUAUGUCAUGUUACAGCAUGCUGUAGAAUUCUUCAGUGACCCAUCUUUCAACCAAAUAUCUUCUUACACUACCCAUGACCUAAAAUUAGACUCGGGAGAUAUUCUUGUUAUCCCAGAUGUUGUUAGAACAGUCAUCCAUUCAAACUUGAUUAAACUGUAUAAACUCUACUGUGCCGACAAUGAUUUCAAUCCUCUAAGUGACUCAACACUGUAUCAAGUUUUGAAUGCAUGUGAAGCAUCCAAAAGGAAGUGCCUUAAAGGUUUAGACAACAUUGCUGUAGAUGGCACCACAGCAAUUGACAACAUUUUGUCCUUAAUUUCCAAGCUGAACAAAACAGAGGACUGGAAGAGUACAUUUAAGAGCAACAUUUUAAAUAGUAGACUGUACUUAAAAACAGAAUACAAACUGCAUAUAAAAAGAGAAGAUGAAUGUGCCUUCCAUUGCCUGCAGUAUUCAUUAAGUGAUCCAAAAGUUGGUGCCCUUAGUGUUGGAUGUGAACAUGCAUCAAAAGGCAUGCGACAGAUGUCUGCUGCUUGGAGAUAUUGUUGA